CGCUCAUCUUACUAACUACACCACUAGCUUGCUUCGAAUCUGCGCCCUUUCAUCUCUCCGUUGCGAUGGCUCUCAAGCUCUCGUCUCAGCUUCCUUUGCCCUUUCAGAAAUCUCACAAGGGUUCUCAAAGAUGGCCGAUUCCUCAUCCAAUCCCAUCAACCAAUCUCGCAGGUUGUGGUUGUUCCAUUCUUCCUUCGGGUGUCACUUCUUUGAGCCGUCGCAGUGGUGGGAGGGGCGUCGUUCAUGCAGUGAAGGAGGAAGAGACGCUUCCCUCGGCCCUAGCUGAAGCAGAUGUCUCCAAAACACCCUCCUCUUCUUCCAAGGUUGUUCUCGUCAUCGGUGGGACUGGUGGAGUAGGACAGUUAAUUGUAGCAUCCCUCCUCAGUAGAAACAUAAAAUCACGCCUACUUCUUAGAGAUCCUUCAAAAGCAAUAUCUUUGUUCGGUAUACAAGAUGAGAACAUUAUCGAGGUACAUAAAGGUGAUACAAGAAAUCCAAGUGACUUAGAUUCAACCAUUUUCGAGGGAGUGACGCAUGUUAUUUGCUGCACUGGGACUACAGCUUUCCCUUCUAAGCGUUGGGAUGGAGACAACACUCCUGAACGAGUUGAUUGGGAGGGAAUACGGAAUCUUGUUUUGGCACUUCCUCCCACUAUUGAGAGGCUCGUUCUUGUGUCAUCAGUUGGUGUUACAAAGUACAAUGAGUUACCAUGGAGCAUUAUGAAUCUCUUUGGUGUUCUAAAGUUUAAGAAGAUGGGUGAGGAUUUUGUGCGGAGUUCUGGCCUACCAUUCACCAUUAUCAGGGCUGGGAGAUUGACUGAUGGACCAUAUACUUCCUAUGAUCUAAAUACGUUGCUUAAAGCAACUGCAGGAAAACGACGUGCAGUCGUGAUAAGUCAAGGAGACGAGCUUGUUGGGGAGGUUAGCAGACUUGUAGUUGCCGAAGCCUGCAUACAAGCUCUUGACAUAGAGUGUACCAAAGGACAAAUUUACGAAAUCAACUCAAUUGAGGGAGAUGGACCUGGAAGUGAUCCUGAGAAAUGGAAGGAGCUCUUUAAAGCUGCUGAAGCUAAUUAGCUGGAUGAUAGAGCUCUAUUUUCAUAGCAUGUGCAGAAAACCUGAGUUUUACUCAUUGUAGCAGAUGCCUUGACUAAUAUAUGUUGGUAUGUGAAAUAAUUUUGUCACCUUGUAUUA